AUGAUCCAGCUAAAAGUGUUCUACAAUAUUUCUUUUCCGGAGGAUCGGUGCGAACUAAUUACAGCGUACGAAAGUGAGGUGUCUAGCUUCGAUGAUCUCAUGCAAAUCGUAAGGAAUAAAUUAGAGUGUUUACAAUUUAUUCCUGAUGAAGAAUUGCGGAUUCAGUACAAGGACGAUGAGGAUACUUUCGUCAACUUGCGCCUUGGAGAUUCGCUUCACGAUGCCUUAAGAUGUGCCCAACCAGUGUCUGGUACAACAUUCAGAAGGCUAAAAAUCAAAAUCCAGUGGCAGCCAGAAUCAACUCCAGAAAUUAUAUCCAUCAAGCGACGUGAAAUUACAGGACGUGAGAUAAUCGGCGAAACUGAGCUGGUGUCACAGGUGCAGAAUCCAAAAAGCGGCUGUAAUAUUUAAUGUGGAAAAAUCUAAUUUUUCAACGGCUUCAGUUGCUGGAAUGAGUGCGCUAGGCUCUAGUGAAUGUUUCUCCACGGACAACAAGUUUACCAGCAGGUCGCCACCACAUAAACAUUAGGCUGAUUUAACAACAGGACGGGAACGUCAGUUGACGACGGGAAAGCGCGCGGAAAGGACUAAACACGACUUCCGGUGCUCAAUUUGCCGCUCUGCCAUUGGUCAAGGUAGUUCUUCGAUUUGCGCGCGCCGUUGUCAACUGACGUUCCCGUUCUGUUGCUAAAUCAGCCUAACAACAACGAGUUGACGCGUGGCCCGAUAAAUCUGCAAACAGUAGCGAAGGAAUCGCAACACUAACAGUCAAUUCUUCUGAUGAUAUAAAUCGCCGUUAG